UGUGUGGAGUAAAGUCCUCCUUGGCCUUUGUAAAGUCAUCCUCCCUUCUCCUCAGGAGCUUCUCAGACUUGUGCCCCAAAGAUGAGGGCUCAGAAGGACUCGGAGGACCGCACACAGGGCAGUGAUGCCUGUGCCGGGACUCCAAGGCGCGUUGCUUCUCUGCUCCCCCAGGAGUCCCAGCGCUCCGCAGGGGCCUCCGCCAGGAAUCCGAAGACGCCCCUGCCCUCAGAGCCCAAAUAUGACAUGUUGUACAAGAUCGAGGACGUGCCUCCCUGGUACCUGUGCGUCCUGCUGGGCUUCCAGCACUACCUGACCUGCUUCAGCGGGACCAUCGCGGUGCCCUUCCUCCUGGCCGAGGCGCUGUGUGUGGGACGUGACCAGUACAUGGUCAGUCAGCUCAUUGGCACCAUCUUCACAUGUGUGGGUGUCACCACUCUCAUCCAGACCACAUUGGGCAUUCGGCUGCCCCUGUUCCAGGCCAGUGCCUUUGCAUUUCUGGUUCCAGCCAAAGCCAUCCUGUCCCUGGAGAAGUGGAAAUGCCCACCAGAAGAGGAGAUCUAUGGUAACUGGAGCCUGCCUCUGAACACCUCUCAUAUCUGGCACCCACGGAUGAGAGAGAUCCAGGGUGCAAUCAUGGUGUCCAGCCUAGUGGAGGUGGUGAUUGGGCUGACGGGGCUGCCUGGGGCCCUCCUCAGCUACAUUGGGCCUCUCACGGUCACCCCCACUGUCUCCCUCAUUGGCCUCUCCGUCUUCCAAGCUGCUGGUGACCGAGCUGGCUCCCACUGGGGCAUCUCAGCCUGCUCCAUUCUCCUGAUCGUCCUCUUCUCCCAGUACCUGCGCAGUGUCGCCCUCCCGCUGCCUGGCUACCGCUGGGGCAAGGGCCUCACUCUCUUCCGCAUCCAGAUCUUCAAGAUGUUUCCUAUCGUGCUAGCCAUCAUGACUGUGUGGCUACUCUGCUAUGUGCUGACACUGACAGAUGUACUGCCUGUGGAUCCGGCAGCUUAUGGCUUCCAGGCACGAACUGACGCCCGUGGGGACAUCAUGACCAUUUCGCCCUGGAUCCGCAUCCCCUAUCCCUGUCAGUGGGGCUUGCCCACAGUGACCGUGGCUGCUGUCCUGGGAAUGUUCAGUGCCACACUGGCAGGUAUCAUUGAGUCCAUUGGUGAUUACUAUGCUUGUGCCCGGCUGGCUGGUGCACCGCCCCCUCCAGUCCACGCUAUCAACAGGGGCAUCUUCACCGAAGGCAUCUGCUGCAUUAUCGCGGGACUGUUGGGCACAGGCAACGGGUCCACCUCGUCGAGUCCCAAUAUUGGUGUCCUAGGAAUUACCAAGGUGGGCAGCCGCCGCGUGGUGCAGUACGGUGCGGGUAUCAUGCUGGUCCUGGGCGCCGUCGGCAAAUUCACUGCCCUGUUCGCCUCGCUCCCCGACCCCAUUCUGGGGGGCAUGUUCUGCACCCUCUUCGGGAUGAUCACGGCCGUGGGGCUGUCCAACCUGCAGUUUGUGGACAUGAACUCCUCCCGCAACCUUUUUGUGCUGGGCUUUUCCAUGUUCUUCGGGCUCAUGCUGCCUAAUUACCUGGACUCCAACCCCGGCGCCAUCAACACAGGAGCUCCUGAAGUGGACCAGAUUCUGACUGUGCUGCUGACCACAGAGAUGUUUGUGGGCGGAUGCCUUGCUUUCAUAUUGGACAACACAGUGCCAGGGAGCCCUGAGGAACGAGGUCUGAUGCAAUGGAAAGCUGGGGCCCAUGCCAACAGUGAGAUGUCUGCCAGCCUGAAGAGUUACGACUUCCCCAUUGCGAUGGACACAGUGAAAAAGAUUGCCUUUCUGAACUACAUCCCCAUCUGCCCAGUCUUCAAAGGAUUCUCUCUGAGGUCAAAAAACCAGCUGCCAGUUCUAGAAGACACUCCAGAAAAUACAGAAGCUGCGUCUGUGUGUACCAAGGUCUGAAAAGUUCCUUCCAGAAGGUAGGAUGUGCUGAUGGUGUUUGUGGGAUGGCUGAAUAAUCAAAACAUUGUCUCAACAAUGCCCCCUCCCAACUACUGUAUCCACUUCUGUGACCUCUUUGGGUGUCCUUAACGGAAGGUGGACUGGGCAAAGUCAAUGUAUGGAUUCUAGGUGGAAUUCCUUAGCCAUUUUACAAUUACAGGAACUUUCCCAAUUUGUAUUGGCCACUCGGUAGUUACAACUUGUGAAAUAUUGAUUUUCCCAGAUACCUGGGCACAAUCUGGGCCAACUAGAGUUCACCAGCUAGUCACCGACAUUCCAGUAUGCUGAACAAAUACCUGACAUUUGACAUGGAAAAGGCCAACAAAUCCUGACACAGCAAAAUGGAAAAACCUUCUCCUAUAUGCUUAUUUCAGGAAGUUCCCUGAAGUAGGCUGACUUUGGUAACCCUAAAGCUACAUCACACAAGCCCGGGUGAGACGCUUGCUUCUGAUGUGCAGGUGAUGGUGAACCUUUACGUGUCCGCCAGGAAUGCGGAACACAGAGUGCUCCCAACACUUCAGUGCUUUCACUGUGCACGUGCCUCCGGGUGUACCGAAAGUCCUAAGAGAUGAGCCUUUCUGGUUUUUUUUUAAAGCACUGGAGAUUGAACCAAGAGACUGUGGAACCACACCUCCAGUCCUUUAAAUUUAAGAACUUUUCAGACCACAUCUGGGCUUGAACUUGUGAUCUUCCUGCCUCAGCUGGGUAGCUGGGAUUACACAUGCACCAUCAGGCCCAAGUUUUUUUCCUCUUUGAUGUUGGGGGCCAAACUUGGGGCCUCAUACAUGUGAAGCACAUGCUGCUGCACCACUAAGCUUACACCCCAGCCCUAGACUUUUUUUUUAAUAACAAGAACACCAAUCACUUAAACAGGACAUUCUGUGUGUGAGGACUGCCUUAAGUGUUUCAUGUAUAGUAAUAAUCACCAUCUGGAGGUAGAUAAUUCUUAUUGUAAAUUGAAUAUCACUUACUGAAGAAUUUACAAAUCUUUGUCAGAUUCUAGAAUAUUUGUGUAAGACCCUCUGGUUAAGCACCUCUACUUUGAAAUCUAAAAUGCUGUAUGGGAUGGUCACUCAGUGAAUUGCCUAGCAUGUGUGAAGCCCUAUACUGCAAAAUAAACAAAACACUCUGAAAUACAACA